CGCAACUGUGGGGGAAACUGAAAACUAUAUAAGAACCAACGAUAUUGGGCGAGGCCCGUUUAUCGACUUGUUUUUCUUCGUUGUGUCCACCAAGAUGCAAUUAAUAUUCAUACUCUUAGUGUUUGUGCCAAUAAUUUUGGCUCAACAAUACACCACCCCAGUUCCAAUUUUGAAGCAAAUUAAUAAACACAACGAAGAUGGGUCUUAUAGUUACGGUUAUGAAGGGGCUGAUGGCUCGUAUAAGAUCGAAACUAAAUACCCGAAUGGAGAGGUUUAUGGGAAAUAUGGUUAUAUAGAUGAUCAAGGAAAAUUGCGCGAGGUUGAAUAUGGAGCCACUCGAAGAGGAUUUGAACCAGCCGGGCAAGACAUCACGGUGGCUCCACCUACUUUAACUAAUAAUCAACAAGCUUUGAGGCCGUUAGCGCCGAAUGAAGAGGAUGAUGGGCAAUAUCGCGAAGAUCCCGCUGCUUAUUACAAGAAUGAUGCUUUUAAUUCUGAAAAUAGCGUCAAUAAUAAUAAUGUUUAUAGCAAUAGGCCGAGUUAUCAAAGCUUUCAGAGUCAAAAUUACCAAUCUCAACCGGUUUAUACUAAUACUAAGCAAGAUUAUCAAGAACCUAGUUAUCAACAACCGAGUUAUCAGCAAUCUAAUUAUCAGCAAAGUAGUUAUCAACAACCCAGUUAUCAACAACCGAGUUAUCAGCAAUCGAAUUAUCAACAACCGAGUUAUCAGCAAUCGAAUUAUCAGCAACCGAGUUAUCAGCAAUCAAAUUAUCAACAACCGAGUUAUCAACAAAACACUUAUCAACAACCUUAUCGACCUCAAUCUCAUUUUAAUUUUAAUAGCCAACCUCAAGUUUCUCAACCUCAUCCUUUAACAGGUGUUGAUUACGCCAGUGGAAGUUACUCCGUUAGUUAUUAAUAAGAAUUAUUUGUGUAUUUUUAAUUAUGAGGAGGGUUAAUGUAAAAAAAAAUGACAAAAAAAAACUAGUCUAUAAUAAAAAUAAACAUCCCAAGACUUAUCUCCAUUAAUCUAAUCACUUAUUCAUGUUAAUUUUAAGGUUAUGCCAAUAAUAAUAAGGAGUUGUGUAUGUAUAUACUUAAAUAAUAAAGAUAUUUAUGUUAU